AAGAUGCAAAUGGCUACAAAGAGCGCCUGUUUGAAAUAAGAUGUCUAAACGGCAAAUUUUCAUCAACGAAGGGAGAUGUACGAAAUGUUAUCGGUUUUAACUCCAAACCAAGAAUCAUCUUCGUCCACAAUGUCAUUUGGUGUGGCGUCGUUCAGCAUCGAGGAAAAGCCUAUGUACUUUUAUAGAGCGCGAGGACUCUGUCAUGUGGCUUUGUAUGCUGCGCGCCAAGUUAUGCCUGGAGACGAGGGUCGGCAGGAUUUAACCAGGUUGCGUUUCGACGUCCCGAGGUUAAGGCUGCGGGGAAACGACGAACCCAGGAUGCCGAAAAUAUCCUCUGUGCUUCUAGAGUGAUAUAGGGGUCGCGUCGACGCGAUAAGACGUAGAAUUUAGAAGAUACGCCCCCAUCUAUCGAGCUGCAGUUAACCUUCGAACGCAGCGCCCCCUCCUGGCCGAAGCCCGGACUAAGGACGAACUUUCGACGGCUGUUUGAAUCAAGACACUUAUAUUAAAAUGAAGGUUAGUCUUUUAUACAUUUUUUCUCCGCCUUCAUAUCACCUUAAUGUGUGUAGAUAAGAAGUCAGAAGCACCCCGUAUAGUCAAAGAAUUAUGUAUAUCAGCUGGCACGUUUCUAAAGACUUAUUUUUGAGUUAUAAUAUGAAUUACCAAAUGAAUUGUUGCUUCAUGGUAUCUUGAUGAAAUUCUAAGAGUGCUGUAUCGUUACUUGACAGAUCGGCGUGUGAUUAAAAGAUCUCAAGGGAAGGAGCGAAUGGCUAUCAACGGAGAGUACAAGGAGACGAUGACUCUGAGGAUCGGAAGAUGGGAAAUCAAUGUCGUCCAGUAUUUGCAACGAUGUAAUUGGAAGACUGGUAUACCGUCACAUUUGCACUGUACGGGAGAGAUCCAUUAAGCGCUAACAAAUGCCGUCAUGUCCUCAUCUCGGCAGCUGGCGGUCUGGAUGUGGCCGCUGGCCUCGAGAAUGGUGGUCUCUAAGUUCCUCGUAAUUCCUGCAAAGCGGAUCAUCGUUCCAAUCCUUUUGGCAAUUGUCAUGACUAAUUCUCCAUGUGCCACUCGGUACGCCUCACGGAUCGUCGAGACGAAAAGUGGACAGAUCCGAGGAAUACUUCAGGAUCUGAACAGCCAUCACCUAGAUCCGGUGGAAGUGUUUCGAGGUAUACCCUAUGCUGCACCACCCACACAAAAUUUACGGCUUAAACCUCCGGCAGCUCCUAAAUCCUGGUCAGGUGUAAAGCUUGCGGACACUUUCGGUGCCGUUUGUCCCCAAAAGUAUCCAGAUAUCAGCAAUGCUUCGUCAGCAAUGGGACAAAUGCCGCGUGGCCGAUAUCUCCAGCUCCUCCGUCUGCUGACCCACCUGCGCAAUCAGAGCGAGGAUUGCUUGUAUUUGAAUCUGUACAUUCCAGGAAGUGGGUCACGAGGCUUGGAAGCUCCAUAUGCAGUAAUGGUGUACAUCCAUGGGGAAAGCUUCGAAUGGGGAUGUGGAAACAUUUAUGAUGGCUCUGUGCUGGCCAGCGCUGGACACGUAAUCGUCAUCACCGUUAAUUAUCGUCUAGGAAUCCUAGGUACAUCAAUUUCGCGAACCAUCGUACAUAAUUUUACGUGGGUCCACCAAAACAUAGCGGCAUUUGGUGGCGAUCCAAGCAGAAUCACAUUGUUGGGCCACGAUACUGGAGCGGUAUUGGUGAACCUCCUCUUACUUGCUCCUUACGGAAAAGAUCUGUUUCACCGUGUUGUCUUGUUAAGCGGCUCGGCAUUAAGCCCUUGGGCUUCUGUCCUGGACCCUAUGAGUCUCCGUGUUAUCGUCGCCGAACAAUUGGGAUGUUCCGUUAACGUUAACGACGAUAUCGCCGAUUGCCUUCGCCAAGUACCCCUCCAGACGAUUCAAGCGGUCGAGCUUCCGGAAAUAAGGUUCAUGCCCAGGAUUGGACCGAGUUUGCCUGUUGAUGAAAAUAAUCCAGACCCAGGCCUUGACAUGGAAAGAGCUAGCGAUGCUUUCAUCAAAGUCCCCAUGAUCCUAAGUGUUGCUACGGCAGAGUCUUACUUAGACUUUAACGAAGACGACAUUCAGUACGGCUUCGAGGAGGAACAACGCAAUCGGAUUCUAAGAACGUUCAUUAGGAACGCCUACGUCUAUCACCUGAACGAAAUUUUUUCAGCUAUUCGAAAUGAAUACACGGAUUGGGAUAAGCCAGUACUCCAUCCUAUCAACAUUCGCGAUGCGACUAUGGAAGCCCUGAGCGAUGGCCACACCGCAGCUCCUAUAACCCGAAUUGCUUUUUACCAUGCUCGAAGAGGAGCUAAAACGUACUUCUGCCACUUCAGUUAUCAAACGAAAGACAGCGACUACGUUCAAAGACUGGGCAGCGUGCGUGGCGAAGACAUACCGUAUCUCUUUGGGUUGCCCCUUAAUGCCGGCGGAUCGUUCUUCCCCCAAAACUACUCUAAGCACGAUCAAAGCGUGGCGGAGGUAGUGCUCACAUUCUUCACGAAUUUCGCGAAAACUGGAAAUCCCAAUGAGCCGCACAAUAUUGAAUCAGUUGAUUACGGGGCCGUGAAAGAGAAGACUCGCUUUCGCGGCCUGAUAUGGGAGCAAUACGAGACUGGCACGCAGCAAUAUUUAAUGAUCGCUGCUAGGCCAAAAAUGAGGAGUCAUUAUCGCGGGCACAAAAUGGCUGUAUGGUCGAAUUUGAUACCUCAACUCCAUCACCCAGGAGAUGAAGAUGUCUCGAUGAAACAUCAUCAUUUCCGCGAGAGGGAAGAACACUUCUAUGCCGGACCUGUGCGAGACGAGUGGUAUACGCCUGUUUCCUUAUCCAGAACUUCAAGAACGGGUGAAGUCACAACGAUUGCCUGCACCACGCCUAUUAGUCAGGAAGUAAUAACCGAAAACAUUACCGCGAGGCUGAACGACAUGGAGGACAAGGUGGAACAGCUUCACAGAUUGACGUCCCGACCGUAUUACAGUACCACGACAGCACUGACAAUUACAGUCGGCGUUGGGUGCAUUCUGCUGGCCCUCAAUAUGAUAGUAUUUGCUGGCAUCUAUUACCAGCGAUACCGAGACAAGAAGAAGACCGCAGCCGAGCAACCGAGGCACCAAGAAUCGCUGACCAGUGCCAAGGAUUCGGUGAAGCCAGCAGAAAACCCUGAAGAGCCUCCACCUUCAUACACGAUUCUGGCCACCAAUCCUGACGUUACAAAAGGACAGGAACCCGUUCAACAACACUGCUCAGGGAACACGGGAGAAGCGAAGACUGCACACUCGAUUUCUCAGUUGGAUUCCGAACAAAAGGACCCGAAAACGUCCGCCGAUACGCCAAAUCCAUUAACCGCCACGAUCGGAACUAUUAAGAAGCGCGUGCAAAUACAGGAGAUAUCAGUGUAGACCUGCGGAUUCUUUUUCAUUCUGCCCCGUUAAACAACACAAUUUUGUAAUACCAGCUGAGUUUCUGUUUCGAAGAAACUAUACCAAGUAUCACCAUGUCGAACUCUGUAAUGAACACUGGAAAUGGGAAUCUGAUAAAAG